AUGGGACCCGGCAGUGAUGUUAUCUCGUCCUCAUUCACUGCCAAUGCAAUCAAUACAUUUAGACACAGUGUUGAUAAAGUUACAACGUUCAUGCAAAGUGGAUACUGUGUGAAUGAGGACGAGAUAACAUCACUGCCGGGUCUCUCAGACCCCAUAAAAUUCAAACAAUAUUCCGGUUAUUUGAAUGCUUCGAAAGGCAGACAUCAUUUCUAUUGGUUCACUGAGAGUGAGUCCGACCCCCAGAACGCACCGGUAGUGCUGUGGCUGUCGGGUGGGCCCGGAUGUAGCUCUAUAUGCGGUGCGUUCAUAGAAAACGGACCCUUUCGGGCCAAUGAUGACGGAAAGACACUAUCGCUCAAUAACUUUGCGGGUAAUAAAGCCGUAAAUAUGGUAUACAUGGAGUCUCCCGUCUCUACCGGGUUUAGUUACGAAGAGAAUACCCUAAAGCCACACAAUAACGACACGACCGCCGCUAACGACAACUAUUUAGCCCUCGAGAGCUUUUUUGCAAAGUAUCCGCAUUUAAAGAAAAAUCCGUUUUAUAUAACGGGCGAGAGUUAUGCCGAGGUUUAUAUACCAAUGUUAGCGCUGGAAAUAUUCAAACGCAAAUCAACUAUCAAUUUAAAGGGAAUAUCUGUGGGCAAUGGAUUGGGCGAUGAUAGGUAUUACCAGUCACAGGCAGAUUUUUUCUUAGCACACGGUUUAGUGACCACCGAUUGGUACGACAAGAAAAUCUCCGCCUGUUGUGAGAGUCAGCCCGGUAUUCAACACGAGUGUGACUUUAAUAGAGCACCCAAUAAAACUAAAUGCGAGUCAGUUCCCAACGCAAAGAUUUUGCUACGCAAUCCAUACAACAUAUACAGCGAUUGUACGGUCGAUACGUCCGUACGGUCGGUGUUUGACCGCCACUAUAGGCCGCACUUCGAGAUGCGGGGCAUUGAUAUCGUAGUCAAGUGUCCAGUGAAUGGUCACACGCCGUACCUCAACGUCGCGUCCGUACAACAGGCGCUGCACGUGAGGGACGCGCCGGUGAAGUGGGGCUGUUGUGACGGUCUAUACGAUCGGCCGCAAGACCAACCCCCACCCUCACAAGUUGGCCACAUACUUGAGUUAAUCCUAGAGUACAAACUUGGUCGUAUUGUCGUGUACAAUGGCGACCUUGAUAGUUUGGGUGAUGUUGUGACGGGUCAACGGUUUGUCGAUGGCGUCGCCGCGUUAACGGACAGUAAAAAACUGGGAACAUAUCACGAGUGGACUGAAGACGGGAGACUCGACGGACGGAUCGGCGGUUACGCUCAGCACUACGAGAAUGGGCUAAGUUUUGUGUUGGUCCGCCACGCGGGACAUAUGGUGCCCGGAGAUCAGCCCGAAGCGGCACUCCAGGUGCUCAAGGAGUUGACCGGCAUUACUAAACUAUAG